UCAGUUCUUUAUCAGUGAAAAAAAAAAAUCAAUUUUUAGUCUUCAUUUAUUUUCCUACUGUUUAUUGCUCAGUCACACACUUUUGAAAGUUGCUACUAGAGUAAGAAAAAUAAAAAGAGAUAGUAAAAGAAUGACUAUCAUUUACCUUCACAUUGUAAUCUAGAAGUAGAAGAAUAAUAUUCUAGUUGUAUGCAAAAUUUGAAAAUUAUCAACCUGCUUAAACUAUAUUUGUCCAACCUAAAAUGAAAUCCACUUCAGAAGGUUAUCUGAAAUCCCUUUCUUCUUAGGUGCACUGCAAUAUUCUGGCUGGGAUGCUUAUUUAAAACACAAAAUAUACCUAAUGAAAUGUGUUUCCCACAUUCAUAACCAAAUUUGAACUGUGAAUUGCUUAAUUACAAAGUAAUUUAAAAAUUUUAUAUAUCAGCAAAGUGGUUGUGAAAAUACCUUUUUCAAGAUCUGAAAUAUAGAACAUGUGAAACAAUUUCAUAGUUUUAUAUGUGGCAGCUUUAAACAUUUUAAAAAUUUCCUGAUAGUACAAGUUUUAUAUUAACUUAGAAAUGGAAGAUUUUUGUGAAAAUUGCUUUGCACAAUGUCACUCCUGCUACUUAAGACCAGUGAGAUACUUUGAAGGAAACCUAAAUGAAGUACAUAACUGUCUCCUGUGCACAAAACUUAGCGCAGCAGUUCAAAGACGAUUUGCACCUAGUAACAUGAAAAGUGCAUCAGCAACAGAACUGUGUGCCAACCUCCCUCUUCUUGACUGGGUGAACUACUAUAAUCCAUGUCCUUGUCAUCAAGUUGUUGACCUGAACAGUUACAUACCAGCUUCUCAUACUCAAAGAAGAUUUGGAGGAACCAGUAAGAGGGGAUCAGGAAUAGCUCGCAACUUGCUCUCUUUUUCAAGAAAGUGUUUCAGCCUUCCACACUGCUAUAAACCUCGUCAUAACUUUAAAGCAGAUUUUUCUAGAGAAAGCAGUCAAUGCUACACUCCUGCAAUGUAUGAAGGACGAUUUACCUGCCCUUUAGAUAAGGCACUUACAGUGGCUGCUGCUUGUCCACAUCCACCAGAAACUGGUGUGGGUUUAAACUCUCGAUUACAGAAAAUAAGCCCAUCAGAAUUCAAGUUAAAAGUGGAUGUUAUGAAAAAGUGGUUUGCCGAGUUCACAGAUGAUCAAAAAAAUAUGAUGUUAAAAUCUCUUCUGGGACAGUGUGGUAUAUCCCAGAACCAUCUUCUGUCUGUUUCCAUAGCACCAGUUAUGCAUUAUCGUUGCCCAAGUAAUUGUGAAGAUCCUUUCUCCUGGUUUCCUCCAAGUGUGUCUAUGAAUAUUCUCUCAUUCUUAGAUCCAGUGGAUUUAUGUCAAUGUGGACAAGUAUGCCAGAGGUGGAGCAUCCUAGCAAGUGAGCCCUCUCUCUGGGUUGGGUUUUGCCGACAACCACAGUGGCAGCUAUCACGUCCUGCAGAACAAAAGCAAAUGAUAACUUAUCGUCUUCCAAAUGGUCAGAUUGACUGGAAACAAGCUUUCGCUGAGAGAUUUCGUCUUCACCGUAAUUGGCUAAAGGGUGCUUGUCAUGUUCGAACCUUUUAUGGACAUACUCAGGGAGUUUUCUGUGUUCAAUUUGAUGACACUAGAAUUGUUAGUGGAUCUUCAGACAAAACUAUCAAGGUUUGGAAUAUCCGUACCAACAGCCCCUGGUCAGUAAUGACUCUUGUCGGUCAUUCAGGUACUGUCCGUUGUCUACACUUGGAGGGAAAUCGACUUGUCAGUGGCUCUAGUGACUGCACAAUCAAGGUAUGGGAUCUAAGUACCCAACAUACAUGGUCUAGUAUUGCUUGUAAAGUGACCAUGGUUGGCCACACUGAUACCGUCCGUUGCCUUCAGGUUGAUGAUGAAAAAGUUGUGAGUGGUUCUUAUGACCAGUCAUUGAAAGUGUGGAAUAUCAAAACUGGCUUGUGUAAGAUGACCUUGAGAGGACACGAAGGAGCUGUGCUGUGUCUACAGUUUGAUGAAUCUAAGAUCAUAUCCGGUUCUUGUGACCGCACAAUUAAGAUAUGGAAGUUGACCAGAGGGCGAUGCAUUAUGACUUUACAUGGACAUCAGGAUGCAGUUACAUGUUUGCAAUUUGAUACUUCAAAAAUAGUGAGUGGAUCAUUGGACAGGACCAUCAAAUUCUGGAAUUUAACUAAUGGUGAAUGUCUUAGUACUUUAGAUUGGAUGAAAUCUGAAGGGCACACAGGAGUGGUCAGGUGUCUUCAAGCAGAUAGAUGGAAGAUAGUGAGUGCUGGAGAUGAUAAGACACUGAAGGUAUGGAGUCUGGAAACAGGGCAACGCUUGGUUACUCUUCGAAACCAUACAGAUGGUGUGACAUGUCUGCAGUUUAAUGACAGCAUCAUUAUCUCUGGAUCUUAUGAUCAGACAGUAAAACUGUGGGAUUUUAGUGUUUGUUGAAUAUAAUACUAGCUAUAAUUGGGUGUCAGUUUUUCUGGAAGAAAUGUAUAUAGCAAAGGUAUACUGUGCUAAUUUUUAUGUGCAUUUAAUGUUUGCAAAAUUUGGGUGCCAAACACCUUUAUGUUUAUUUAUACAUUAAUUAGAUGUUUUUUUUGGUUGUUUCUAUAUUGCAUGUUCCAUUAAGCUGCCAUAAAUGCUAUAUUUUUCCCACCAUAGCAUUAUUUUCUAAAUCUCUUUUGAAAAUGCAAAUAAAUUUAGAAUAUGUUAUAAAUUCAGAGAUAAGUAACCUUAUUUUGAGAUUAAAAUAUUUUAUCAGAAUUUAGUGUUUCAGCAUAAAUUAAGUAAAGGUGGUGAAAUACUGAGCUUUCACAGAAGUAAUUUAUGAUUUGCAAAUAUUGUGGUUAUUUCAACAUUCCCUAUAAAGUUGUGAUGUCAAGAUUCUUCAAAAGACAGUGAAAGAAAAUUUGUGGUGCCUUCGCUUUUAUAAUACUUUGUAUUUGUGCAUUUUUUCAUCUUAUAAUUAAAACUUAAUAAUGUAUAAAUCAUUAUCAAAACUUGUUUAAGAAAGGAAGAAAAAAGAAUUUUAGCUUAUUACAUGUAGAAAGUAGUAAUCCAUUGAUGUAUACAAUACAGUUCUUAAACCAUGCUCUAAAAGACUUAAACUAGUUUCUUGAUUAUGUCACUUGAUUUUUCUUUCUGCAAACACAUAAGCUAUUUCUUGUAUUAAUCUGGGUUUCAAAUAUAGGAUUUUUUAUCUUUUAGGUUGUAUUAAGUAAAAUGUAUAUCUCUUAGACAAUCUUUGAAAGCUAAAUUUCUGAGAAAUUAACAGAAAUGUGUCUGUCUACGAGAUUUACAUGCUAACUUUGAGCUAACUCCUACCUAAAUUCGUGUAUUUAAUGUGAACUGCAAUGAUGUAUGAUGAUGUCAUUGUGCAACAAUAGCUCUCCACCAAUAGGAGAGGGACACAACCUACAUGUGCAGUAAAUCCCUCUGUGCACUUGAUAACAUUCUUUUCCUCAGCAUUAUAUUGAAUAGGUGUGUUCAAAUUUCUCAUGUAAGUUCAAUCUGAUGAGAUUUGCAUUUGUUAAUGAAACUUUGCUUUUCAUUUUACAUAGGCUUUUGUUUCAGAAGCAUUGAUUAUUACAGUAGUUCCUGGUGGAUAAGACCCCUCCCAAUAACAACUUCCUUUUAAAUACGACUUUUUUUUUAUGCACGGAACAAUUUUACUUUUAUCUGACCUUCCACAAACAACUUCCUGAUAGAUGCAACAUACGACCAUGAUUUUUGGGAGGAAGGUCAAAUGACAACCUCUCUGUAACGACUUUUCUUCGUAUCAAUAAUGUAAUUUACAGAGAGACAUGAAUACAGUGUAUACAGUAAGGAACAAAGAGGUUAAAUUACCAGAGAUUGCUUCACAGCUUAGUAAAUGUAGCUUGCUACCUUGAGGUGUUCAAGUCAAACUUCUUGGUACAUACACUUAGGUAUUUUGAUUUAUAAACUUUCAGAUCCUGAAAGGUAACUAGGGAUGGUCAGAAACAGUUGGUGGAAUUAAGGAUUAUUCUUUUAGUGAAUGUAGGAGAUUUUGAGAUAGUGGCUUAGACGUUAAGUAACUUGAUUAGGAUUUGCUAGUAGGGUGUGAAGAUUAUUAAUUCAAGUCUUUAUUACCAAAGUAUCUUUAAAAUACUUUUACUUUAUAGGAAUCAAAUUCUUCAUUCUGAGCGAGUAACUGUUCAUUAAUCAAGCCUUCAAUAACAUUCAUUAAAUUUCUCACUACAGAGAAAAGAUUAUCAAUUAAAACAUUAUGUAAAAAAUGCUCAGAUAUAAUUUAUGAGUUCUCCUUAAUACUACAUAUUUUACAUCAAUUUUUAACUAUGCUAUUCGACUAGGGAUGAUAGCAAUAAUUACUUACACAUAGUUUGUGCAUUUUAGAUUUUCAGUACUCUGGAGGAUAAACAUCUUUAAAAGUUGUGAAGUAGUCGGUCUAGUAGGGUCUGCAAUCAGCAUCAGUUUUCAAGGUCCAGUAAUAUCUGCAAUCAGUAUUAGUUUUCAAGGUCCAGUAGGGGCUGCAAUCAGCAUCAGUUUUUAAGGUCCAGUAUGGGCUGCAAUCAGCAUCAGUUUUCAACUGGUGUGAAAAUUAUUAGCUUCUGUUCUCAGCACUGGAAAACUGAUUUUUUGUCCAAAAACUUGACUUUUCAUCCACAUUUUCGUAUGUUCUUACAAUGAUUCAACUAGUUCGCAAGUAGGUCCUCUGUCUAAUUGGUCAAUUCCGAUGUUUUAUCAAUCCAAAACUAAUUGUUAAUUGGUUAUGAUCAAGAGCUGUUAAUCAGCAGCCUAUUAGCAUGUAUAUCCCCUGAGUUUUUUAUAGAAUUCACUUCCUCUAGUUAUUGUCGAUAAUAUAAACUUUAUGUAGUCUUUCUCAAUGUUACGAUCAUGUUUGUUUAUGUAGAUAAGACAAACCACUAAUUUAUACUGCAGCUUGGAAUGCAUCACAGUAUUUGUUUUAAUAUAUACAUUUCUUUCUGUGGUCAAAUGUCUUUAUGUAACUUCCAUUAUACAUUCACUAAUGUGCAUGUCUUUUCUUUGCUUGACAUGUAUGUGUAUCAUACAUGAAUAUUCACAAAAAUUUUAUUUUUCAUCUACCGAAGCAUGUGUAAGCCUUAUAUGUUUCAUACUCAAUUGUCCGAUCUGGACAGUAACAAUUACACGAAAUAUCAUGGAAAAAGCUGGCACCAGGGAAAUGGUAUCCCCACUGUGAAUCCCCCCCACCUUCUUCUUCAAGUGGAGCACGGGAGACCAUUUUCACUUACCAGUUCCUAGAUGCUGGGGUGGUGGAUCAUGGAGAAUCCUCACCAUUUGGGCUUAGCAUAAUACAAUGAGAAGUAGGGUGGUGGUGACACUGUUAGUAUAGUAUAGGUCACCCCCUCACACAGCUACUGUAUCCUCCUGCAGCCCAAGUCAAGAUGAGCACACAUUGUAUGGUGUAAUCACACUCUAACCAUCCUACAUAUAUUGGCUCACCAACCAGUUGUGUGCAUAUGCUCAGUUGGUCAAGAUCACAUUCUGUCAUCCCUGUGAUACUUCAAGCACUUUUGACUUUCCUUCCAUUUCAUCUUGCACGAAGAGUAUACACUUGUUGAAAUGGGAUGCAGUCUCCCAUGGGUGUACCCAUAUGUAGCCCCUGACAUCAGAUGUCACACUCCAUGGACUUGUCCUUUGGGCAAUUUCUGAAGGGUUUAAUUUUGCCUUCUGUUGAUGGAAGACUACUGUCAUAUGAUGAUGUCAUCAUGCACCAGCACAGAUCACAUUAAACACGUGAAUAUUAGGUGGGAGUUAGCUCAAGGCCUUGCAAGUCUCAUAGGCAGAUGAGUGAAUGAUAUAGCUAUCCUGUGUAUGGAGGUGAAUAUCUAUUGGAAAUACAUUUCUGAUAAUGAAAAUGUUAACUUCAACAAAAUGUUUUUUAUUGAAGGCAAGUGUAUUUUCUGUGUGAACUUGUUUAUAUGAAGGUAGAACUUUGUGGUUAGGUUGUAAUUGAUAAAUCACAACUCAGCAAAGUAGAAUAUUUGCUGUUUUACAAACUUACCUGUGAAAAUUUGUAAUUUAAAGAAAUUAUUUUCAGCUCUCAAAUUUAUAUUUUAAUAAGUUUAUGAGGUAUUAUUCAAACUUUAUGGCCAUACUACUGGUAUAUUAGGCUGGGCUUAAGAUGAGUUAAUGAAUUUAAAUGUUACUUAUAGGUUUCACUUAGAUUGAUAAAGAUUUAAUUCAGUUUAUAGGUUUGUCAAGAAAUGUGUGAGGUACAAAUGUUUUUAAAUUUUUCCUUCAUCAAUAAAUGUAACUGUGCUUUCUAGGUUUGCCACUAAGUUGAUAUACUAGCAAUGGUAGUAGUAUGUUUAUCCUAAUUGAUAACAGUGGUUUAAAGGGUUGUUCUGAGUUGAUACAGGAGGUUCUUAUUGUGUAUAGAUUUUUUGCUGUUGUUGUUUGGUUGGUUGUUAAGGUUGGUAAUUAUCUACUAAAACACUUCUGGUUAACGCAAAAUGGAUUAUCAGCUUCUGACCAGUUUUUCACAUAUUUAUUGUUUAGAAUCAGCAGUUGAUUUAUUGUGAUGCUGCUGUAAUUGUUUUGGUACAUGGGGAUAACUGAAUCUGUUAUUUUUACACAUGUUCACUCAGCACAUGAUGUGCAAAUCAAAAUCUUUAUACACACCACUAUGCAAAAAAAAAGAAGUGGUUGUUUCUAAUAUGAAUUUCAUAUUGUCAAUAGUUUCACUAUGUAAUCUAGAAAUUAAGAGUAUAAUUGUCUCAAUUUCUUGCUUUUUAUGAGUUAGUUAAUUAUGUUACAGUUCCUAUUGUAUGCAUAAAAACGUUUUAUUGAUGCAUCAUUUUGUGUGAAAAACUUCAAAUUUAAUAAUGUUUAAAGGAAAUCCUUUAGCUUGUACUCUUUGCUGUUUGCAUAUCUCUGUCAGUGAAUAAUAUUUAUAGGUAACUGAAUAAAUAUUGGAAGACUAUAUUUUUGAUUAAUAAUAAGGUAGUCCUAAAAAAUUACAAAUACUGAAAAAAAAAUUAAAGCUAAUUUGUUCUUAACUUGUAAGGCUUAUAGUGAAACCGUAAAUUGUGGCUUGUAAAGUUUGACUUUAUUCAUUAUUAUCUAUUUCUCAAAAUGAAAUUGUAAAAAACUGCUGAACACUCUUCCCCCAUAAACUUUGGAGUUCAAUUGUUAUAUGAAGUGUCUGUCCAGUAGAUUGUUGAUAUUAUGAAACAAGAUUUCUUCUUUAACAUUCCAAGAAUGAUUUUAUUUCUACCUUCAAAACCUUGGUGGCCAUGUACAGUACCACUUAACCUUUCAUCCACAGGUUAUUUUGUAUUUAUGUUUUAGAGACAUGGUUUCAGAAGUUGCUAUACCCUCUGUUUUGUGUUACUAAAGAAAAAAAAUUCCUUCAAGGUGAGAUAAGACAGUGCACUUGACAUGCCAGCUAUGGUUUUAUGGAUGUUGCAUGUUUUUUUUGGUUUUGAGCAGUUUAUCAGACUAUAUAUUGUUUUCUCUGGGCUGAUUAGAAUCCUAAGUAUCUUCUCAGGACAGUAGAAAUCUACUGAAACACAGAGUAAAAUAUUUAAUUUCAUGCACACUUCAGUUUAAUGCACAUUUUUUCAGGUUUAUCCCUUUUUCAUAUUAUUAUUACAAUAAUAGGAGUUAGCCUAGUAAAUCUUAUAAAGAAUGAUCCAUUGCAAUGAAAAUGUAUCUUUAUAAUAAUACAACAAACUUACCAAAUUUCAACAUUGAUUAUCUUGUAAUCCAUAACAUUUGUCAGUAGAUCCUCCUUAAGUAAAAUCCACAAAGUAUGACAUGUUCCCUUGACCCCUCCCUCUUUUUUAAAGUGUAAAGUAUUUAUGAAUAAUCUUGGAUAAUAAUCAUAUGAAUGGAAUAUAUCUAUAAGAAAGUUUUAUAAUAAUAAAUACCAAACACAAAACUUAUUCUGUUCCAUUAUUUAAAGUAAAAUGCUUGCAAUAAAGUUACAUUUUAACUAAAUCAAAGUAUGUUUUCAUUCAAAAAAGAAUUACAGUAGAUCUUAAGAUCUUAGUGGCUGUGCGAUAUGCAAACUGAAAAACAGGAUGUACUUAUCACUUGAAGUUUUUUAUAAGGCUAAAAUGAUAAUGGAUUUAUUGUAUUAGAGAGAUUUUGCACUAAAAUGUUAUACAAUGUUGUGUUCCUUUAUAUAUAUAUAUAUAUAUCAUUUAUACUGUGUAGUUUAUUGGCUUGUAUCAAGCUAGUUUAUUUCUUGUGUAUGAAGAGUGUAUAAUAUAUAGAUUGAACAUACAAACAUCAUGCUUAAAAACUUUAGAGCAAAACUACAGUAUUUUUUAGCACAAAACAACAUAUCGAAAUUCUUAAUAUAAUUGCUUAGGUUAUUUUCCUAUAGAGAAUAUUGUCUGUAUUUUAAGGUAUUAUUCAGGUAUAGUAGCCUUUAUUAGUUCUUUUGAUAUGGAGAAAAAAAUUUCUUUGUUAUCCUUUUUCUCAUUGCUUAACAAUUCAAAGUGUAUGGAUACUUCCACACUAAAUAAGUUAAAAGUAAAUUAGAGAAGAUUUUACACCCAUCACAAUGAAGCAUUUUAAAUUUUAGGUGUAGAUGUACAAGUAAAAAAUUGCAAGCAACAUAAAUCCACAUUGAGAAGUGUGCCCCCAAAGUAAACAUUUAACCAGGUAUUCCUCUAUUAGAUUAUUAACAUUGUGGUAUAAAUCUAUUUCCAAUAUAUGUACACUAAUUGUGUAAAGUAUGUAAAACAUUUGAGUUGAUUAACUAAUGUUAAAUUGUAACUUCAAACAAUACCUUACCUCUUUUCACAUACUAGCUUUUCUCGACUUGUGCUGCACUCUAUAUGCACAUUUGUUGCUCACCACUAGCCUUGAUGCUCUCACCUAUCCUCAUGUGAUUAUUCAUUUAUAGCUGAUAGCUGUGCCAUAGCAUGUGACAACCCUCCACCAAUAGGAGUGUAAUGCACUCUCUGAGCACAGCUGAUCCCCUCUAUAGUCUAGAGCACUAUCAUCACUUCACGAUUUGGCACUCAUGUGAAAGACUUGUUCCCAUUCGUCUUUAAGUCUUGUGCUCAUCCAAAAGUUUUCGUUUUGAAACUUUUUUAAACACACCUGCCAUCACUACCAAAUGAACAGUAAAUAGUGAUCAAAUGUCUACUUAUCAUGCAACAGUCACAUAGGCACAUCCACACAUGGCAACACUACUGAGACAACUAACAAGCAGUGUUGACUCACUUGACCACUGGUCUCUUAAAGCACAGGCAACAUCAUGUCUAGGAAAAUGUAACUGUCAGCCCAAACAACAGGUGUUUCAAUGUACUUGGGGGUAGUGGAGGAUGGAGUGAAUAAUAUGUCAUAACUUUCUAAUGGCAUAGUAGUCUUAAUACUUUUUCUUAUACACUGCACCCUUGCCUUCUGACUAAUGUUGGUUGUGGCAGUUUAUUUUUCAACUUUUGAUAACGAAUGAUAAUCUUUAUAAUAGUUAUGUCCUUAUCUUUUUUAUAUUCUUCUCUCUUCCAGACCACAGGAAAGAGAAGUGUGGGCUCCAUAGUGAAUACGGGUGCUGUAUUUCCGUGGGUCUUGCUCAUUUGUGAUGUCUACAAUCGUCUGUAUGUUCGCUGGAUCCUUGCUUGGGAUCUCUUGUCCUCAACCAUUCUCCUUCCUUAUUCAAAGACAUCAUCUGGUGACUCGAUAAAACUACUCUCGUAGUGGGUAUUCCUUUUGUCCAGAUCAACUUCUGAUUCCAGAUACCUUCUUGAUGAUAUGGAGAUGGAAUGUCUCGACUCUCUCAUGAAUUCGGGUCAUUGGUACCAUGACAUAUUGUCCCUUCAAAUCCAUCUCUUAGUACUUUUGGCAGGACGUCAAAUUUUGAAUCUUUUUUAGGUUGAUUCACAGACGUCUCUUGAUGAUACAUACAGUCAACUCUGUAGUUGUAUCCUUUAUCAGUUGUCAGGGGACACUUCAUUUCGCUUUCCCUGUUUCCACAUUAUCAACAUCCUUUUCUGGGCCCAUUCCAUACAAGUACGUAAAUAGGAUGUUCUAUUCCAGGUGCCCUGAUUGUUGUUAUGGGUUGUCUCUCAAGGCCUGCCAAGAUACAACCUAGCCAUCACUACCAUCUGGACACUUUUUUAGAUGUUUUUGCCACUCUUCUCCAUACCCUAUUUCCUCUUUUCUGGUCUCCUUUUCCUCUUCUCUCAGCCUUAUCUAGGGAUGCAUUCUUUUAGGACUGGUCUUCUCUUCUCCCUCUUGCUGGACACUCCAUGUUGAGUCCUCCUGAUAACUCUGUAUUGGCUAUCUCAGCCAGAGUUUCCUCUGUUGCACAUUCUCCUGUCCUCUUCUUUUCCUUUACUUCUGUCACUCUUUACUCCUCCAACUUCACUCCUCCCAUCCAACACUGUCGUAACUCUGACUUCACUUGUGGAGUUUGUCCAGUACCUUCCAAGAUGUUCCAGUCUCUUUACUUGUAGCCUUCCUUCUUUCUUGUCUGGUGCAUUCUUCCUACCUUCUUGUCUAUCGAUGACAUUCUGUAGUUGGUCUUUGCAUCAUGUUUCAUUCCCUUUCUUCAAUUUCCCAUCUUUUUGAAUUUUUUCAUGAGCUGGUUGAUCAAGGAUUAUUACAUUUGGCCAUGGCUAGUUACCAGGCAGCUCUACUUAAUAAUUUUGGUUUUCUUAUUGUUGGCAUGUAUUCUCCUCUCCUGUCUUUUCCAUGCAUUUUUAUUCCUUUUGUCUCCUUUGUCCUACUCAUCUUGCAGUCCUUCUUGAUUGGUACCUGAAUAUUGUUUUCCAUGCCCUUAAUUUUCCUCUCUUUGAUCCUUUAGUCUCUUGUUCCUUGUACCAUUUUUUGCUUAGAUCUGACUUGUUUUUGCCAGUGGCUGUGGGAGAUAUGAUGUGUAUGCCAUUACUGCUUCCCAAAUUUUUUCCUUCCAUUCUCCAUAUUAUUCUCCUUAUGUUCCGAAUCAUUUCUCUCUGUCUCAUCCAUGUGGUACAUUCUUUGACCUACUCUGCUCCUUCUCAUGGUUCACACUCCCAUCUAUUUAUAUUUUGAAAUUCCUCAUCUACCCGAGAUGUUUCUUCUAUUAGGGAUAGCUACAGCACUUCAUCGAUUUUGCCUAUGCUUUAUUCAGUGUAGAUUCACGUGGACUUAUACAAGGUUUCUCUCACCAAAUCCGACACCUUAUUUUCUCUCUCUGGCUCUUUACUUCUGUCAUUUAUUGGAGGGGUAAAUGAAAACAGGUGUGUGGACUACCCCACUUUCAUUGCACAUUUUUUCAUCUUCCAGAUAUCAACUUUCUCCUGUUGCCAUACUACAUACUCUUUAAUGACCCUGAAGGGGUAAGUUCUCUUUUUAUGUAUCUUACCUUAACAGUGGCCUACUUCUACAUAUCUGGAUCUUGCUCUGUGACAAAUGGUGCCUGUCUAGGUGUAUUUAACUUCAACUCUGCACCAUAUGGCCAUACAGUUCUGUAACACUCAUUGAAGAGAUGGGGUGUUUCACAAGACUGCUAGGCUUUGCCUCAUGGUGUUUUGCUUCAUAAAUAAAGCCCACACUAGACCAUACCAACUCAUUGACUAUCAUGAGUAAAGCAGUGUUAGGAUUGCCCAUCCCUCCAGUUCUAGUUGAAUAAACCAGGACCAGCCUGCUUUUCAAAAUAGGGUUUUUGUGGUCUUACAGUGUUACAUUCCUCCGUACUCUCCAGUGCAUCCCCCCCUCUUCCAGUGGAGUAUGGGGUCCUUGCCACUUACUAGUUACUGCUGAGUGUGACCAAUUCCAUGUAAUCAAGAGUAUGGCAGUGGUGUUCUGUUGGUAUAGAUGGUGAGUACUGUCCUCCUACUACAGACUGGAAGACAAAUACCCAAUAUGCAGUUAACCCUCUCAGCUGGCUUUCCUCCAUCCUAGUGGUGUCUGUAUGUGUUCCCUUUGUGGUCUGAUGUUGGAUCAGCAUAGGACUAUCCAAUCUAAGUCCUCACACAAUGUUGUUAGGGACCCUCCUCCUCCUACCACAGAACAGAUAAAAUCCUGAUGUGUCCUGGUGUGGACUGGAGCUGACCCACCACAAUUGCCUUCCCCCUUCCUACAAUUACACAGAUGAUGUAUUUCCAGCCUGGUGUUGGUUGUGUGCUGAGACUGCACACACUUGCCCUGGCUGGAUUGAAUGGAAGUUGUUUUCCUUUCUGCUUCCUGGUCUUGAAGUGAAGAUGAUUGGGACCCUCCUCCUACCAUGGGCCAGAAGACAAAUACUCAAUGCUGCCUGGUUUUGGACUGGAGUUGAUUCACCGAAUAUGGUCUGAUGUGCCCUAGCCACUCUACACCAUCUAGCACAUUUAAUUAUAGAUUGGAUGUGCUUUUCUCUGCCAGAUUUAGUGGCACUUAUCUUUACAACAGGUGAAGAGUAUACCUGGUACAGAUGGGGUGUGGUCUUCCAUAAGUGUGAUUCCAUACAGUAGAAUAUCAUCCUCCAUGGGUUCUCUUCAGGCACUUUCCAAAGAGUGCUCACCCAAGUAACUUUUGCACCAGUCCCUCCACCAUUUCCUUGUGGGAUACUAGUAAUUAUGUGAGUAGAGGUAAGGUAUCAUUUUGGAAGUUAACAUUUUCCCACACUGAAAAUGUAUUUUGAAUAGAUACUUACCUCUUUUCACACUUCUGGCGCAUCAUUUUCCUUAAUCCCGAGUUGAGGACAGUGCUCUGCAGUAUAGGAGGAGUCAGCUGUGCAAGAAGGGUAUGCUACUUUCUUAUUGGUGGAGGGUUUUUGCAUACUACAGUCCAGCUAUAUCACAUGUAAUCACAUGAGGGCAGGUGGGAGCAUGAUGGGGUGUGGUCUUCCAUAAGUGUGAUUCCAUACAGUAGAAUAUCAUCCUCCAUGGGUUCACUACAGUGCAGCUAUAUCACAUGUAAUCACAUGAGGGCAGGUGGGAGCAUGAUGGCUAGUGGCGAGAAAAUAUUAUGUAUAUAGAGGGCAACACAAGUCAAGAAUAACUGUUACAUGAGAAGGGGUAUCUAUUGGAAAUAUAUUUUCGGUGUAGGAAAAUGUUAACAUUCACCAUACCAGUUACCCAUAAAGUAAUACUGUUUUAUAUUGAAACUGGUGUUUUGUUGCAAUUUUGUGGGAAGGAUAAAAAAAUAUUUCAGUUUCUAAACAAAUGAAUAUGCUCUAUGAAUAACGAUUUCUUAUCUAUGCAUUUUUGUCCAUAUAAAAACAGCCAUGAACUAUUGUGUAAGUUGUCAAUAAAGCAAGAAGAAAAACUAA